AUGCUAUCUGUUUAUGAUUCACUCGCACUUGACGGUGCUCGACACGAGAUCCGCCUUCUCCGACUGCAACCCGCGGCGUCACUGGCAUCACCCCUGCGGAUUUGUCUGAUUCGGGGCAGCCUCGAUGUCGACGGCGAUCUGCCGCCUUACGAGGCACUCUCUUAUGUGUGGGGCUCUCUAGUAGCCAUGCAAAACUCCGUUCGAGCAGAGAUGGACAAUGGCAGUACCGAGGCCGUGUCCAUCCCAGUGACGGCAAACCUCGACUCGGCGCUGCGGCAUCUGCGCUAUCGUACGUUCAGCCGCACGCUCUGGGUCGACGCGCUGUGCAUCAACCAGGCCGACGUGGAAGAGCGUGGUAUGCAGGUGCACUUGAUGCGGUCGAUCUACGAGCGCUGCACGGCGGACCUGGCCUGGUUGGGUCCGGAUCCGGCCGUGCCUGCGAUUGAGACCGAAGCUGAAGACGCUGAAAAGGCACAGUUGAAGCGGAUUAAGCAAGCGGAGAAGCUUGCUGGCAGACUUCGAGAUGGCCUGCGGCUUAUGCGCGUCAUGGCCGGCAGGGACAGUGCGGUGCUGGCGACCAUGAUGCAGAAGUGGCGUCGCUACAGUAAGGAUGAUCGUGACGAGGUUAAGAUGUAUUGGGAGGGGGAAGAUGACGACGACGACGAUGAUAAGAGUAUUGGGGAGGACACCCCGGACAAGGAAACGGGAUGGUACAUCAGUCAUGCCCAGGAGCAACAGCUGAAAAUUGCGUUUACCUCCGUGCCCUUUUGGUCACGCGUGUGGAUCGUUCAGGAGCUCUCAUGCGCGCCGCAUGUGAUUCUGGUGGCGGGGAUUGGGGCAGAGGCCGAGGACGGAUUCGAACCCGAAUCUGAAGACCAUGUGCUGGAGCUUGACUUUGACAGUGCCAUCGUGGACCGAUUCCUAGGCGACCAGAUCUAUGCAGAUGCGUUCCAUUCGUUCUGGGGCCAUGGAGAGGUUAGGCCAGUCCUCUCGAGAAUCUUUUCGCGGGUCAAGGCGAUCCAGCUGCAACGAUCCGUUAUGAAAGGAGGAGGAGGGUGGGAAGAAGAAGAGCCGGAGGAAAACGUGUACAAGAGCGAGCAGCAAUGGCAGGGAGAGCCGAACAGCCUCAUCGACGUGCUUGCCCGCUUCAAAUGGACCCAUUCGACCGAUCCCCGCGAUAAGGUCUAUGGCCUGCUCGGCAUGGUUGCUGAGACAGCGUUUCUGCCGCGCAUUAGCUACGCCAAAUCGGUGGCCGACGUCUACACUGACGCAUCCCUGGCUAUCAUCAAGGCCAGCGGUGGCUGUCUUGAUCUCCUCAGUCAGAAUCCAUUCCAGGGUGAUGACGACAACGGCGACAACAACGAGAACGACGAAGAAGAGUUUCCUCCCAGUAGCAGAAGCCAUCGUGUUAACGGCCUGCCGUCAUGGGUUCCCAACUUUGAUCGCAGCAUGUACCCGGACUAUUACGACGAGUUCUCAUCCAUCCUGUUUGCCCAGCGCGGCAUCUAUGCAGCCGGUCGGCCCCGGUGCAGUCACAGCACGUCCUCUCUGGAGGUGGCCGUCCCUAGCACAGACACUGUAUAUGGAAAUGCUUGCACGCUGCGUGGUUUGCGCCUUCGCGGCGUCGUUCUGGGCCAAGUGGCGCCUCUCCGCCAAGGUUCAUGGACCGAGCCCGGAUCUGACCCGGUCUAUGCGGCAACUGUGUUUAAUUGUUUCCGGGAGUGGGCUUCUCUAUACGGAAUAGAACAGAAAGGGCAAGACGCGGCUAUGAUGGAAAUGGGACCAUCUACGUACCUCCCCACGGGCGAGUACCGCUGGCAGGCAUUCUGGCGCACGCUCGUGGGCGACUGCACGGCCUACCCAGUUACACGACUCUCGGCGGACGAGGUGGAGGCCUGCAGUACCGCUCUGGCAGCUGCCUGUCAGCUGCGCGAACAGGAAAUCGAAGCCGAGAUGACAGAGGAGCCGACAGAAGAGCAGGGUGACAGGUUGUGGCUGAUGCCCACGCCUGCGAAGAUCCUGCUAGCCAAAGUGCCCUGCUACGCCAUGAUGCGACGAAUGAUGAGGCGCCGGGCGUUUGUGCAGACAGAUGGUGGCCUCUUUCUGAUGGCGCGAGCGACAGCGCGAGAAGGCGACCUGGUGGUAAUACUGGACGGAUCUAAGGUGCCGGUACUAUUACGGCGACGACAGCAGGCGCAGAGCCCGGACGGCUCCAUGGAGACGUUUCGCUACGUGGACACGGCCUAUGUUCACGGAUUCAUGGACGGCCAGGCCGUCGUCCAGGUGGAGAAGGGCGAUCUCGACGAGCGGCAUUUCGUGCUGGUGUAG